AUGCCCUUCUCCUUCAAGACCCUCCACGACACCCUUCCCACUAGCAGCCCUGCUGCAUCCUACACCCCCAGUGAAGACUUCCUCGACACUCUCUUUGGCUCAGACAAUGAGCCCGACAACACCUCCCUCCCCACAAUCAGCGCAUUCUCUGUGGUAUUCAAUGAUCCCUCUCCUCCUCCUCCUGUCCCUGGCACUGGCCGAUUUGUGUCCUACAACGGCCCUCAUUUUGUCCUACUGGCGGUUGAAACUCGCCAGGAUUGCGGGUGUCAGUAUGUGUUCUAUGAUCCCCUUUGCGCUGGUAGGCAGUACUACUUUAAACAGUGGACACAGCCCCAAAUGCCUCGUGAAGACGUGGUCAUCCAGAACAUGUGGUCUGAGUGCCUCCACUCCAACUUGUCCAGGCCAGCCACCCGGCAAAUGCUCUCUCUGUGGCUCCAGGGCAGGUUCUGA